CCCUUCUGCAGCAGUUUGGUUCUCCGCCAAACUUUGAGCAAUAAAUAGAGCCUGCAAGCUCUCUGAACACAGAGCUGCAGCCUUUGAGGGGAGAAAUCAAAACAAGAUCACAAGUGUGUGUAUAUAUAAGUGGAGCUGGAAUAGAACUGCAUCAACUACUACCAAGUGUGGACGACAAGGAAACCUCAUCAUCUGAGAUCAGCCCUUCACAUUUAUAACUUAGAAGCCUGAAAAAAUGAAGCCUAAAAUGAAGUAUUCAACUACCAAAAUUUCCCCAGCAAAGAUGAAUAGCUCAGCAGGCAAAGCCGUGGUAAAAUCUCCCAAGUUGAGAAAAUCCCGACAGAAAGCUGAAGAAGUUUGCCAGAUGUACUUUAUGCAGCUACGUUCUGGCCUUAUCAUAGAAAAGAAGGCCUAUUACUUCAGGAAAAAAACUACCAAACGGCAUUCACCAAGAAAAGCUGGAAAGUACGACAAGCAACAUCUGGUACUGGCUGUCAGUCAGCAACACCUGGAACACCAUGAACGGUCUGUGGAGAGCUUCACCUUUGAUAACUCUGUGGUCCAGAAACAUACUACACCAACUGAUUUUCCAAGUAUCAAAGAACAUUCUGCUUCCCUGAGUACAUACAACGAUCAAUUCAUUACUUUUGUCUUUGAAGAUGGAAGUUAUGAGAUUUAUAUUGAAGACUUGGGAAAAGACCAAGAGAAAGACAAGGUGUUCCUCCGUUACUAUGAUUCCCAAUGCCCCUCAAGUGCAACAGAUGGUGGUGUUGAUCAUCGGAAAUUAAUGGUAAACCUGAGCCCCACAAAAGACAAAGACUUUUUGCUGCAUGCCAACAGUAAGGAGCACUCCGUGGAGCUACAAAAAUGUGAAAACUCUUUGCCAGACCAGGCCUUCUUUGUCCUUCAUGAGCAGUCCUCCAAAUGUGUUUCAUUUGAAUGUAAGAGCAAUCCUGGAGUGUUUCUAGGAGUAAAGGAUAACCACCUAGCUCUAAUUAAACGAGGCGAACACCCCGAGGAUUCAAAUAGAGAGAAUACCACAUUUAAGCUCUCAAACUUAAUGUGAUGGAAAGCUGUUGAUCUUGGGUUGAGUAGCCCAAAUAGUUACCAUUGAAGAAGGGAUGAGAGGUAAACAAAGAAACAGAUAACAUUUAAGGGAAAUGGAAUGUUUAGUAUGCUGUGGAAUGUUUUCCUUAUUAUGUAUAAAAAUAUUUUUUGUAAUCCAUCAGUUCUGUUUUUAUUUUCCUCUGUAUCACUACAUACAUACUUGUAUUGGUAUAUUAAAUAGCAUAUUGGUAAAUAAACAUGCCAACAUUCUGAAGAGA